AUGGAGGAAGACAUUCAUUAUUCCACAGUGGUUUUUAAAAACACAAGCCCAGCUCCAAGAGAAAAAGAAGAGGACCUCACAGUUUAUGCUGAGGUCAAACAUAAAGAGGCUGCAGCUACACCAUCAAGUGGGGAGGCAGCUGCUCGCUCUCACUUUCCUGUAUUAUCAGUGUGUUUGGGGAUACUCUGUGUCCUCCUGGUGAUGAGCAUCAGUGCCAUCAUAUACAUGAGUGCUUUAAUGAACAAACAGAAAGAAAACCUCAGGGACCUCAAAGAAGAAAUUCAGCUGCUGGUCACAGAGAGGAGCAUCUUUAAGAAAGAGGCCGAUCAGCUGAGCAGAGUCACAGAGAAUUUCAACUACACGAUGGAAGUCAUCCUGAAGUUUAACACUUUCCCAGUGAAUGAAUUCUGCCCUAAGAAGAAGUGUCAGCCAUGUCAGAAAGGUUGGAUUCUGUUCCAGGAAAAGUGCUACCUGUUUCAUAAAGGAUAUCCAUGGAAGACAUGGCAAAAGAGUCGAGAGCACUGCCAGAGCACAGCUGCAGAUCUGGUUGUUGUUAACAGUCCACAAGAGCAGGAAUUCAUCAGCCAGCACAUCAAAUACUACUAUGAUUCAUUUCAUGGAUACUGGUUGGGGUUACAUGAAUCUGACAACAAAAAGUGGCAGUGGGUGGAUGGACGUAAUGACAGUCUAGGGUACUGGAUGACAGUCGGUUCUUAUGGUCCUUGUGGACUGAUGAUCCCUGAGAGGAAUCUUACUGCCAGCUGGGAUCCGGCCAAAUGUAACUUUAUGAACAAAUUCAUCUGUGAGGGUGAAGUUCUGAUCAGGUCUGAUUAAACAGAACCACGUUUUGUUUGCUUAGAGUUCUCUUUCAUGACUUGUGUUCUUUCUGUAGCUCUACAAUAAAAUAAUGUCAGCUGUUUUAAAAGAAAAUCAAUUUUUUUUGGUUUCUCGUUAUACAUGAAACUGAAUUCAAUUAUCUUUUUGUUGCAAUUUGUCAUUGGAAACAGCAAAUACACACAUUUCUCAACAAAUUUGAAGUUCAAGCAGGACAGGAAAUGAUUAUAUGAACGCAUGAGUAAGCUGAUGUAAAAGUCUCAGUGGGCCAAUGUCAUCUAUGAUGUGCACUCUAGUGCAGAAGUUUCUGGGCUUACAUAAUUGCUGAUGUGCUACAUGUGUUGCACAAAAAAGGAAGAAACCGGUUCCUGUUUGACCUUUUACUUCUUUUUAUAAU